GGGACCCUCCAGAGACGCAGCCCCUCACUACUGUCACUAGACCUUUGAUGCCAAACAGCCAAACAGCCAAACACCAAGGGAAUCAUGCCUGUGCCCAAGAAAGCAGGAAGAAAAAACAGCCGUGCAGCAGAAGAGAAUCAGCCACCUCCAUAUGAGCCAAAUAUCCCCGAACCCACCACCAGGGCUGACUUCAUGAAAUAUUGGCUCCCGUUCUCUCUAGACGAAAGAACCGCACAGAAGCUGCUGUGGAUUUCGGAGGGAGGAUCCAAGGUGGCCCGAACGUCCGAAGCCGUCUGCCCGUAUCCCACCAGGCCCGAAAGAUAUGAACACUCCCCACAGGUGCUGUGUAAAGAAGGCAUAAUGGGCUACCGGGGGUACUGGGAGGUGGACUACGACGGCUGGGUGGUGAUCGGCGCGGUCCUGGAGAGCGCGCCGCGCAAGACCCAGGACGCCCGGGGCGCGUGCGGCCUCGGGGAGAACGACAGCUCGUGGGGCGCGGGCUGGUCCGGCUCCUGCUACCAGGUCUGGCACAACAGCGACAACGUGGACGUCCAGCUGCCCCCGUCCUCCACCAUGGGCGUUUACGUGGACCAGCCCGCCGGCGUCAUCAAGCUGCUGGCGGUGGAGGGCGAGGGCGAGCGGGAGGUCCGGCUGAUUCACAAGUUCAAGGCCAACAUUCAGGAGAAGAUCUUCCCGGCCUUCUGGAUCGGCACAAAUUCGUUCUGCCUCCUUCGGAAGCGGGAUCAGUGAGCUGGGAAAGGGUGGAGCGUGAAGGCCCGGGCGGUUUACGGUGUAAAUCUGUGUGUGGGGGGGGGUGGGGGGGGAGGAGAAGAGUCAGGAGGGAGGUGGAGAGUUUGAGAAGUUUGGGGAACAAAGGUUGGAGCUUCAAAGCAGAACCGAAGCACGUUGUGACAUUUACUUUCUGUGGUUGCAUGAAGGAAGCUUGUUCAUCUCAUACUGUAGACCAAGACGGCUACUCCUUUUAUUUACUAUCCUGCGUGUAUUUAUUUUAUUUAACUCAGUUUACAAUAGCCCUUGUAUGAUUUUGUAAAAUGCAUGUACUGGAGUGCUUGUUUAACUAAGGCAUCUUUUUAUAUGUGCUUAAUGUAGUCAAUAAAUACAACCAUUA